UUGGCUGGUGUCAGUGGGAGUAGCCAAUCCGUUCCCAGGAAGGAAGAGUGAGAGAGGGACGAGUUCCUCGGGCCUGCGGCGUUGAGAGAGAGAGAGAGAGGCUUGAGUUCUUCUUGAGACCUUCAUCUCAUCGGUGCUGGAUUUCAUAGACGCCACAAAGAAGAUGGAAAAGGAAGCAAAGAAGGAGGCUUUCAGGAAGUAUCUGGAGUCUAGUGGAGCACUUGAUGUUCUCACUAAAGUUCUUGUUGCACUAUAUGAGGAGAAUGACAAACCUUCCUCUGCAACUGAGUUCAUUCAGCACAAAUUAGGUGGGCCAACACUGUCUGAAUAUGGAAAACUACAAGCAGAAAUGCAAGAUUUGCAGUUAAAGUAUGAUGAGCUUUCAGCAACUCACCAAGACACUUGCAGGGAGCUUGAGGAGCUCAGAAAUUCUCUACAACCGAGCACAGCUGGUAAGGAAACGACAAUAGAUGGAGAAACUUCCAAGGACGAGGGAUUGUGAGGAGCUUGUUUAUGACUGUUUUUAACGUAAAAAGCUUUAUUUCUUUUAAUAGAGAAGCGUGUUCUAUUGAUUGAGAUGACAGAUUAUCUGUUGAAUUGCUCGUGUGAUUUAAAACUACCUUGCAGCAUGUAUUAUUUCUACUAAAAUCUGAGUUCCUGCCUCUAAUUUCUACCAA